AUGUGCUCCCCCCCCCGCGGUGCCGCUGCCAGAUCCCCCGGGCGAUGGAGCCCAGCGCCCCCCCCCGCGCCCCGCUGCGCCCUGGAGCCCCGGCCCCCCUACGAGCCCGUCCCCGCCGCCCUCUGCACCCUCGGUGCCCUCUUCGGCGUCGUCUGCGGCUGCUUCGGGUACCGCUGCUUCAAGGCCAUCAUGUUCCUCUCGGGGCUGCUCUUCGGCUCCAUCGUCAUCUUCCUCCUGUGCUACAAGGAGCGGGUGCUGGAGACGCAGCUGAGCCUGGAGGCCAGCGCGGGCAUCGCCCUGGGCAUCGGGCUGCUCUGCGGGCUGGUCACCAUGCUGCUGCGCAGCGUCGGGCUCUUCACCACCGGGCUGCUGCUGGGGCUGCUGCUGGCCACGGCCGCGCUGGUGGCGGCGGCACCGGUGCUGCCGCCGCCGAGCCCCUGGGUGCCGGCGGGCAGCCUGUUGGGCCUGGCGCUGCUCUGCGCCCUCCUGGCACUGCAGUGGCCGAAGGCGCUGACCGUCCUCUCCACCGCCGUCUUCGGCGCCGCCGUCGUCGUUGUUUGUGCCGAUUACUUCGUGGAGGCGCUGGCGCUGGUGCUCUACGUCUACGACCGGCUGCGGCUGGCGCCGGCGGGGCCGCUGUGCUGGCACAGCUGGGUGGUGCUGGGCGCCUGGCCGGCGCUCAGCCUCCUCGCCGUCCUGCUCCAGUGGAAGCUGACGGCCGACGGCUUCUCCCACACCGACGUCAUCCUCAGCCGGCGGCAGAAGCGGCUACAGCUGCUGCGCAUCCGGCAGAAGGAGGCCAAGCGCCGGCAGAGCCUCGCCGCCCCCGAGGGCACCUACCGCCGCAAGCCGCCCCCCGUCAAGCGCUACGCGGGCGACGUGCUGGCCCCGAGCUACAUCCGGAGCCUGCGCGACCGGCAGCUGGAGAGCGGGACCGUGCCGGGCCCCGCCGCCGCCCCCGACACCGACUGCGGCUCCACCGCGCCCCUCACCGCCCCCCCCGCCCCGCCGACGCCCCUGAGCGCCUGUGCCCCACUGACGUGCCUUGGGGGUGCCCGCCCCCCCAACUGUGCCUGCCCCUUUAAAUAG